AUGCUGGCUGGACUGGAGGCUGCAUGCUGGCGGUCGUUUGUGCCUGACGACAGCAAUGAUCUUGCGUGUCCGAGUCCAAAUCGUGAGCGUGAAGUGGCUGCUCAGCCCAGGAUCCUCUACUCGCAGUUGCUUCGAGGCACGGAGGCGAUGCUCCAAGAGGAGGAAGCUGCGUGCCAGCAGCUACGCGACCAGAUCAAGCAGGUUGAAGAGCACAACAAUGAUCUUCCCAAGAUGAUUCAGGAGUGUCAGGCUGCUGUGGCUCGUGCAAUGGAGUCCGCCAUGCGGCGUCGGAAGGAUCUGCGCAUGUGGGCGUGCAACGAUCUCCGCGCCGGUCUGAACGAUCUGCACACGCGUCGUAGCGAGCUCAAGCAGCUAGUCUCGGUCACGACAGGCGACGUGAAGCGGGAGGAGCAAGCCAACAAGCUGCGCGCCAAGCGACUGGAAGAUCUGCGCACGUUGUCCACCUCCACCAACUUGCUGCCAACGGGUCGCGUGGGCUCCAAGACCUCGACACAGCACCAGCUCGCACGUCUCACGCUGGCGUUGGCCAAGAACCAGGUUCUCCAGGAGGCGCAGCGAGACCGCAAGGCCUACGUAAGAGCUCGCACCGAGGCCAUCUUCGACGUGCGCGCGCAGCUCCGCGAGCUGAACAACGAGCGCGUCGCCGUGGAGAAAGACCUGAAGGAUCUGGAAGAGGAGGCAGCGCACUUGAAGCGCGCGUUCACGCCGCGUCCGGACUGGGGGAAUCUGCACGACGCCACCGUCGUCACGACCGCUGUGGAUCGCGUGGACGCGGCAGCUCGGAUGCGCAUGGGCGCCACGCGCAACAAGCUCUCUGGGGGAAAAGCCGCUGAUCUGGACGAAGACCGAGCGAGUGAGCAGCGCGUGAUGCAGAUCUUGUCCAGUAACUGGAGCACGGUGGCGAAGGUGGGAGCCAUGGCAGCGGAGCUGGCCAAGAUCCGGUCGCGGGACCACGCUGGGGACACCAUCCUGGCUGAACAGAAGAAGCUCAAGCACCUGCACAAGGAGAUCGCUCGAUUGAUGCACCAACUUGAGGCGGUCAAGGCGCAGUCUGCUGCAUAAGAGGAGAAACUUGUUCACGAGUUCAAAGACGCUGGUUAAACUACUGUCAAGAGGGACACACAGAGGUGGAACAUGAUAACUACCAGAUACGUGCGUGCUCCGCCAGCUCGUACGAGGAGGCUGGGGGCGGGUGUUCAGAGCCAUCACAGCUUCACAGGAGGUUCAACGGCGGGCUGUACGUCGUGUAGGGGGUGGAGAUCGGGGACGCGUCGUCCCAGCCAAGCACGCCCGAGUCUGCCAGCAGAGCCUCCGCCUCCACCAGGUCGGUGUCACCCAACGGCAUGCAGUCGGAGAAGGACGAGCGCUUGGGCUCCUCGCCCGUGUACCAGCAGCUCGGCGCUCCGAAGUCGAUCACGACUCGGGACGAUCUGCGCG